AUGGCCCGCUCUUCGAGUCCGAGCCCUAGCAGCCAUUCGGUGCGUGGGGGUGCCAUGACAGGGCCACGUGUUCAUGCGCAGCCCCAGCCGCGACAGGUGUCGUUCGCGCCGUCCACCCAGCAACACCCAAUGCUGGUGCCCGAGAUGGCGGUGGUGCCCAACCCUCUGGAGAACGAGAACGUUCUAGUCACCGUCCGGUUCCGCCCGCUCAGCUUGAGAGAGAUUCAACGCGGAGAGGACGUCGGGUGGUACGCCGACGGCGACAAGAUCGUGCGCAUGGAGUCGAACCCCGCCAUCGCCUAUGCCUACGACAAGGUGUUUGGGCCCGCUACAACGACGCGGGGGGUGUAUGACGUCGCAGCGCAGCCCGUCGUAACUUCAGCGAUGGAAGGAAUCAACGGAACGGUCUUCGCGUACGGCGUCACGAGCAGCGGGAAAACGCACAGCAUGCACGGCGACCAGAAGUCCCCGGGUGUCAUUCCUCUGGCCGUGAAAGAAGUCUUCAGCAUCAUCCAGGAUACGCCUGGUCGCGAGUUUCUGCUGCGGGUGUCGUACCUCGAGAUCUACAACGAGGUGAUCAACGACCUGCUCAACCCCGCCGGGCAGAACUUGCGCAUCCGCGAAGAUGGUCAGCACGGCACGUUUGUGGAGAACGUGAAGGAGGAGGUGGUGCUCUCAGCCGCGCACGCCCUCUCCCUCAUCGCCGCUGGCGAAGAGCACCGGCAUGUGGGCGCCACGCACUUCAACACGGCCAGCAGUCGCAGCCACACCAUCUUCACUCUCACCGUGGAGAGCAGCGGGCGGGACUUGGAUGGAUACGAGGAGGUCACCUACUCGCAGCUGAACCUGAUCGACCAGGCGGGGUCGGAGAACAGCCGAGCCACGACGGGCAACAACGUGCGGCGCAGGGAGGGCACGUUCAUCAACAAGAGCCUGCUCACGCUCGGCACGGUGAUAUCGAAGCUGAGUGAGCGCAAGCAGUCGCACGUGCCGUACAGGGACUCCAAGCUCACGCGCCUGCUGCAGACGUCACUGAGUGGCAACGCGCGCAUCUCGCUCAUCUGCACCGUCACCCCCGCCUCGGGCACGCUGGAGGAGACGCACAACACGCUCAAGUUCGCCUCGCGCGCCAAACACGUUGAGAUCCGCGCCAACGCCAACAAGAUCCUGGACGAGAAGUCGCUGAUAAAGAAGUAUCAGAGGGAGAUCAUGGCGCUCAAGGACGAGCUCACGCGCCUCAGGCACGACAUGUCGCACGCCCCCCCCGCGCUGCCCUGGGGGGCCGCCCCCGGCAUCGGCAACAUUGGCGGCGGCGGGGGAGGCGACAUGGGCGGGCAGGACCUUGCAGUGCUGCGGGAGAAGUUGGAGGCGGAUCAGAUGCUGCUGCAGUCGCGGUUGGAGGAGGAGGAGGAGGCGAAGGCGGCGCUGAUGACGCGCAUACAGCGCCUCACCAAGCUCAUCCUCCUGGCGUACCUGAAGCAGCGGCGCAUGGACCUGGGCUUUGACCUGCUGGACGACGCCAUGGGCGCGGGGGGAGGCGCGGGGGACGACCUGCAGCUGCAGCGCCUGGGGGGCACGGUGGGCGCAGCAGGGUCGCGCUCUGUGAGCAUGUACAGCGGCGGCAGUGGCAGUGGCGCUGCCUCGCCCAGAGGGACGGGCGCAGGUGGAGAUGGGGGAGCGGGAGGGGACGACGAUGGGGGCCCCAUGAUCCUCAAAUGGCUGCGCUCCAAGAAGGACGGGGCGGGCAGCAAGGACGGAGACGGCGAGGGGGGCCUGCACGCGUCGCUGUCAGGCAGUGAGAACGUGGACCCCAUCCUCACUGCCCGUGGCACAGAAGGCGGCAUGGAGGCAGGCAGAGCAGGCAGUGACAGCGGGCAGUGGCUCACGAGGGUCAGCAGCGGCACGGACAGCUCGGAGGAGCACGCAGGGGGGGCGGCGGCGGGGGCGGGGGCGCCCAGGAUGAUGCGCGCAGUGCGCCGCACGGCAUCGCUGCUUAGUGUGGAUGAGGCGGGCGCGGGGGGAGGGAUGGGCAUGGGCAUGGGCAUGGGCGUGGGAGGGGGGGGGCGGUGUGUGGAGACGGUGAGGGCGUCGACUCAGGCAGGGGAGCUGUUUCACAUCACAGGCGUGCGAAUCCCAUCGAGUGGCACCACGCUCAUGGACCAGUGCGAGCUGCUGAGGGAGCAGGUGAAGAUUCUGUCGGCGGAGGUGGGAUUCCACACGUCCAACCUGAGGCGCCUCAUAGACAAGGGCGAGAACACACCGCAGGAGCAGCAGGAGAUCGAGCGGCUGCGAGUGGAGCUAGCGGGCAAGCAGCAGCAGCUGCGCGAGAUGGAGGAGUUCAUGCGGCGCAGGCAGGGCGACCAGCCGUCCCCUGCUGCCAGCGCCGCGGGGGGCAGUGAUGGCCUGGGCGUGGGCGCAGAGGUAGACACGGCCACACAGGAACAGAUGGCCAAGACAAUAGCGAAGCUCAAGGCCGUGCUGAGCGAGAAGACGUUUGACAUGGAGAUCGUGAGUGCAGACAACCGCAUUCUGCAGGACUCGCUCAAGGCCAAGACGAGGCAGGUGCAGCAGCUGAUGGAGGAGGCGAACAUGCUGCGCGUGGAGCUCACCCGCGCCAUCACCUCUCGCCACAACGCUGCCAGGGGGCAGGCGGACGGGAACGGCGAGGCCGAAGGGCACACGGACGCAGCAGGGCAAGGGGAGGGCGAGAAUGGCACGGGGUCAGGGGCAGGGUCAGGGGGCGGUGAGGGGGGAGGGGGUGGCGGUGAGGGCAUGGUGGUGGUGGGGGCGGGGGAGCUGGAGGAGCUGAGGUCGCAGGUGAGGCUGGCUCGGCAGGAGGCGGACAUGCUGCGGCAGCAGCAGCACCAGCUCACCAAGGACCUCGCAGGGGCGCGCUCCCUCGCCCUCACCGCCUCCUGCACUGCUCCUGCUGCCAGUGCUGGCGCUGCUGGUGGUGGUGGUGGUGCCGAUGGGUCAGGUGCUGCGGCCGGGACGUCGUCCCUGGCGUCGUUUUUAGACGGGGCGUAUAUGAAUGGGCCAGAUGGGCGGCCGGAUGUGAGUGGGUUGCUGCAGCAGGUGGAGGCGGCGAGGGCGAGGGAGGCGCAGUGGCAGGAGCAGCGGCAGCAGCACCAGCUCGUGGAGGCUGAGCUGGCAGCUGCCCGUGCUGAGCUGGCAGCGUACCGAACUGCUGCUGCUGCAGAGGCAGGAGGAGUGGAGAGUGGGGAGGCCGGAGAUGGUGGGGAGGUCGGAGAGAGCGCAGGAGAUGGCGGAGGAGAGGGCAUGAGGAAGCAGGGGGCGGUGGGAGCGGUGGCGGCAGUGGCAGCGCGGCUGGAAGCAGAGAAGGAUGCAAUGCUGGCGGUGCGGGAGAGGGAGGUGGGCGAGUUACAGCAGAGCCUGGCGGCAGCACAGCAGAGGGAGGCGGCUCUAGAGAGGGAUCUGAGCACCAUGUGGGUGCUCGUCGCUGAGCUCAGACACAUGGGCGGGGGCAGUCGCUCCUCGUCUGUCAAGAGUGAGGGCAGUGGCAGGGAGGGCGGUGGGGGGGCGGCAGCGCGAGGGGGGUUGCUGGAUGCGGAGGAGAUGGCGGAGCUGGCGGGCAGCAUUGGGGGCAGCGGGCGGUGGCUGGGGGAGCUGCGGAAAGGGGAGAGCAUGCGCAGCGAGGGGGUGGGCAGUGAGGGGGGCAGUGAGGGCAGGGUGAGCUUGUCGGAGCAGGCCAUGGAGCUGAUCAGGGCGGGGUCGGCGGGCGGGUUGGGGGUGCGUGGAGGGGAGGGGGCGAGUGGGGAGGGGGAGGUGCGAGUGCAGAUGGCGGUGGAGCGAGAGACGUGUGUGCUCAAGGAGGAACUCGCCCGUAGAAAGGGCGAGCAGCUGGCGGGGUUGACGUUGAGGGAGCUGAUGGCUCUGGAGGCGGACAUGGAAACAGCUCUCACCAAGCUCGAGGUCGCUAAGGUGCUCUCCCGCCCCUCCCCCGUUCCUGCUCCGCCCUCCCUGCUCCUCCCUUCCUAUGCGAGUGCGGGCAGAGGGCAGCAGCACGAGCGGCUCAGAGAUAGACCCGACUGCGAGGAAUGCGCCAGAGAUGCUGACCUGUGCGCCACGUGCCUAGCGCCCGCUGCUGGCUUCCAGCCCGUGCGGUGA